UCGGGUGGUGAAAUCGCAUUUUAAGGAUUUCAAAGUAAACAAGCAACUAACUGGCCAUGGAGGACACCACGGGAGCAGAGCAGGAUGCCGACAACGUGAUCCGCAUCCUGGUGGCCACCGACAACCACCUGGGCUACAACGAAAAGGACGCACUGCGGGGCGAGGACAGUUUCACCGCCUUCGAGGAGAUCCUGGAACUGGCGGUGUCCGAGGAUGUGGACAUGAUCCUCCUGGGCGGCGACCUCUUCCACGACGCGGUGCCCAGCCAGAACGCCAUGCACAAAUGCAUGGAACUCCUGCGGCGCUACACCUUCGGCGAUCGUCCCGUUUCCCUGGAGAUCCUCAGCGACCCGGCGCGGAACUUCCACAAUGCCGUCAAUCAGUCGGUGAACUACGAGGACCCCAACCUGAACAUCGCCAUUCCGGUGUUCUCCAUUCACGGCAAUCACGACGAUGCCAGUGGCUUUGGUCGCCUCAGCUCUUUGGAUCUGCUGAGCACCUCGGGUCUGGUCAACUACUUUGGCCGAUGGACGGACCUCACCCAGGUGGAGAUCAGCCCCGUGCUAUUGCGCAAGGGCGUGAGCCAAUUGGCUCUCUACGGACUCAGUCACAUCCAAGAUGGGCGGCUGGCCAGGCUCAUCAAGGACUUUAAGGUCAAUUUCAACUGCCCCAAUGAACGAACGGCCGGCGAUGAGUCGAAGGAGGAGGAGGACUGGUUCCACUUGCUGGUGGUGCACCAGAAUCGCGCGGAUCGCGGACCCAAGAAUUACCUGCCCGAGGACUUGCUGCCGCCGUUCCUUCAUCUGGUCAUCUGGGGCCACGAGCACGAUUGCCGCAUCGAGCCGGAGGAGAAUGCCAAGAAGCGCUUCUAUGUCUCCCAGCCAGGCUCCUCGGUGCCCACUUCCCUGUCCGAGGGCGAAGCCAAGAAGAAGCACGUCGGCCUGCUGGAGAUUUACAAGUCGAAAUUCAAGCUCAAGCCGCUUCCGCUGCAGACAGUGCGUCCCUUUGUCUUCGAAUCCGUCGUACUGCCCGAUCGGGCCGAGGAAUUGGGUCUGGACGAGGGCGAUGCCGCCAACAAAGUGUUUAAAUUCGCCAAGGAUCGAGUAGAGGCCAUGCUCGAGCAGGCGAAGGCGCAGCAUACCGGUCAUCCCAGGCAGCCCACGCUGCCGCUCAUCCGGCUGCGCCUUCUCUACACCGAUGAGUCCUGCAUGUUCAAUGCCAUCCGAUUUGGCCAGAUGUUCAGCACACGGGUGGCCAAUGUCCAGGAUGUGGUGUCCUUUAGCAAGCUGAUCAAGCGCACCAAAACGGAGACCGUCAAUCUGGACAAGGAGGCCUUGCGACGCGCGUUGGAGGCCGAUAAUGCCACUCGCGUUGAGGAGUUGGUGGAUCGUUAUUUCGAAGAGGCCAAGUCGAAUAAACCUCUAAGGUUAUUCCACUCGAAGGCUCUGGCCGAGAUGACCUAUCGUCUGGUGGAGCGAAGGGAUGCUGAUGCAGCAGAAAAUAUUGUCAAGUUCUACAAGGACAAGGCAGUGGACCAUCUAAUGGAAUCGAUGCCCAACGAUGAGAACAUCGACGAUGAGCUGACUACUUUUAGGGUGCGCCACAAGCACGAGGAUCUGCUGAAAAUGCUCGAUACGCAGGGCUUGAAAGUAAAACGUGACGAUAAGUCUAUGUCUGUUUUGGGGAGCGAAACCAACUCCUCCACCGUAACUGCAACCGUAACGGGACGUGGACGUGGCCGGGGACGUGGAGCAGCUCGAGGUCGUACCGCUGCCCCAGCCGCUCCACGUGGCAAGGCUCAGCUGGAAGUGACCGUCAAUAGUUCGCGCUCCACAGGCAGACAACAAACGCUGCUAAGCAACCUAAGAGGCCCUCGUAAUACCGCCAGCUAUGUUAUAUCGGAUGAUUCCGACUGAUUGUCAUUCCAUUCCAUUACCCCAAAGCUAAAUAAACAGGAGCUUUCUUUUGUA